UUUUCUCUUUUGCUUAUGACCACUGCACUCUCCUCACAGUUCAAAACGUUGACGCGACUGCGAUGCGAAAUUUUUCAGACAACUUAUAACCCCAAGAACCUCCGAACGGGGGCCAAAUACCUACGAGCGCGUCUUCGAGGGCCAUCAAUGGUCAACUACUACCCUCAGGUUGUCAACGUCGCUGCUAUUGCGCGUGAACACAAGGGACUUGAGCUCAUAGACCCGAAAGAGCAUCAACGACUUGAGGAUGUAGAGGACCGCAAAAGGAGAGGGAAAGGAAAUCCAAAGAAGGCUAAAACGAAAGCGGACAGUCGGAGAGCAGCCAAGAAGCGGUAA